UGCCGUUAAAAUAAAAAGGUUAACAACGAAUUCCAGGAGACAGAGAGAGUGCGCGCACUGACGCACUCCGUCACGUCUGCGUGUAGUCUUCAGAUUUCCCCGGAAACUACAUAUCCCAGCAUGCCUCGGUGAACCGACCACAUCCCGGGAGAGAGGGGGUCGGCAUCGAACCUGUGUUUACUUCCGGAUUUCCUGUAUAUGGCAGAGCUUGAAAACAGCCUCUCCACUUGCCCCACAAGCUCCGCAAGAGCCCCGCGCCCCGAUCCGAGACCGUCUCCGGUGAAGCGCGAUGCUUUGGUGACCGGAGAGCCGCCAUACUCCGGCACAGCCGCAGAGAGAUUAGCGCAGCUUUAGACGACCAUUCAAGACAGAAAGUAUCCUUCUGCCACCCUUCGCCAAACGUCAAAGUCAAUGCGGUCCUUGAUCGGAGCGCUGGAGCUCACCCACCUCUCAUGCGCCGAUCACUAACGCGCUUUCGUUCGCCAAACACAAGCGCCGGAGAUUAAACACAGCCGAAAGCCGAUCCAGACUGAUAGCUCGGGCUACCCGGAUAAAUAGAGGGGGGACGGCAGCUCUGCUCGGAUUUAUCUCCUUCAGUCAUCAUGGAGUGGUUAAUGGGGAAGGGCAAAGGGAAGCCCAAUGGAAAGAAGCCGCCCCCCGAGGAGAAGAAGCAUUACCUGGAUGCAGAACACACCAAAGUGAGAGUCGUCGACUUCGACCUCAAGGAGCUGGUGGUUUUGCCGAGAGAGAUCGACCUGAACGAGUGGCUCGCUUGCAACACCACGACGUUCUUCAAUCUGAUUAACCUGCAGUACAGCACGAUCUCCGAGUUCUGCACAGGAGACACAUGUCUGGCCAUGACCGCCUGCAGCACGACAUACUACUGGCAGGAUGAGAAAGGGAAGAAGACGAAAUGCACAGCGCCACAGUACGUGGAUUUCGUCAUGAGUUCAGUUCAGAAGCUGGUGACUGAUGAGGACAUCUUUCCUACGAAAUACGGUAAAGAGUUCCCCAACACCUUCGACUCGCUGGUGAAGAAAAUCUGCAGGUAUCUCUUCCACGUUCUGGCACACAUCUACUGGUCUCACUACAAGGAGACGGUGGCCAUGGACCUGCACGGACACAUAAACACACUCUACACGCAUUUCGUGGUUUUUAUAAGGGAAUUCAACCUGAUGGACCCCAAGGAGACGUCGAUAAUGGACGAUCUGACGGAGGCCCUGUGCACGCCGCUGCCUCCUCAGCCACAGAACCACGUGACGGAGAGAUGAGUCCGGCGCCGCUGCGUCUCUGACCUGCCAAGCCAGGGUUCAGAAGGACUGCUGGGACUCGCAGACCUUCUUCACCCUCCCAGAACAUUGUUCUCUUUAGGACCCGUUUCGGAGCGCUCCGCCAGGCUCUCGCCGAAUGACCUCAGAGGCAGCCGCCUAACCCUUUAACCAAGAACAACCUGACCGUGCUUCGGUUUCCUUCCCGUUUUACGCUUUCCGUUUGAUGCAGCAGUUUCCCCUCUCUUGGUUUGAUAAGGGUGUCGGCCUGGUCCUCGUGUUCGGUAUAAAGGUUUCUUUUCCAUUUUUAUAGGGUAAAAGGGGUGUGUGUGUGUGUGUGUGUGUGUGUUCAUGGCUUUUGCACUCAGGAACUGAGAGAGCUGUCAAUGCUACCUGCUCACCCAUAAGCCUCUCGGUGUCACUUUACUCAUCAUAUAGCAAUCCCAUCCUCCCUCUACUUAUAUGGGACAGACUUGUGUUGCAUGUUGAGCACUGUAGAGGAGGCACGAGGUGAACUGGGUUCACACCUCCUCCCUCGAGUGACAAAGACAUUUGCGUUUGUCUGCUGUUGAAUCCAAACGCUCUGGCUCUGGAAGCGUCUCGGGAAUCAUGUCUCUAGCCUCAUUCUGAAAAGACGAUUUGUGAAUGGAAAAGAAUGUACACUUAGUCUGUAUGUAUUGAUUGCAAAGAUUAUUAUCUUCGAGCGACGGAUGUUUUAGUUCUCCCUUCAUCACUGUUCAGAGAGUUUGUGUCGCGACGAGAAGAUCGGACCUUUUCCUUUUAUUUAAUUUAUUUCUCGGUUUCCUUUUUCUUUUCGUUUCGGUUUUAGCUGACGUUUUUUCAGGGCUCCUCAGUUCUGGCUUUUGUUUUACGUAUUUUAAUAAUACUUUAAGUUAAAGGCGAUUUAAUAUUUUAAGCUCUGCAAAUUAUAACCUAAUAAAAUAUUUAAAAGUCACAAAUAAUUGUACGCAGUGUCUUUUUUUUUUUUUCUGUGAAAUCGUGUCAAAGCACAUGUGCUGCAGGUAACCUUUACACACAUGCUCUCCAAACCCCGC